CCGCUUCGUCGGUCUCACUCUCCUUCCCACUUCCCUCCCACACACUCUCUUUCCCCCCCUCUAGAAAGCAGAGACCGCAGAUAGCUGCUGCUGAGCUUAGCUACGGCUUCUUUUAUCCUCCGCCUCUGCUCUGCUCGCACCGCCAAUGCCUCCCGCCACGGCCAUCGCGCUGUUCCUCGCGCAACUGGUGCUGUGCGGCUGUGUCCCCCCCGCGGAGUCCGGCGAUGUCGGCGCCAGGCCCAGGCGGGUGCUGCACCAGCCGUUGUUCCCGAUCGAGUGGACUCCGCCCCCUUCGCCGCCGCCCCCGCCCGCGCCGGACUUCACUUCCGACCCUAGCCCUCCGGCUUCGACGACGCCCGACGCCCCCCCUUCCGGAGAUUUCUUCCCUCCGGCCCCGCCUGCUGCUCGUGGCAGCGGUGGUACGACGGCGACAUCCCCCACCACCAUCGCCGCCGACGUGUCCAACCCGCCGUCCGGCGUCACCGCCGCCCGCGGCCCGAAGAAGGCGACCAUAGUGGCGGCGGGGGCUGCCGCCGCCGCGGCGAUCGCGCUGCUGGGCUUCGCGUGCGCGUUCCUCAUCACGGGCCGCGCGCGCCGCCGCUGCGACUCGCAGAAGCUGCUCGGCCCAGACGGCGGCCCGGCCCACCACCGCCGCGCCGCCGCCGCCGCAUCCUCCUCCGCCACCGACUUCCUCUACGUCGGCACGGUGGAGCCCGCCACCCCCUCGCAACAGCACCGCGGGCCCACCGACGCCGACCUCGCCGGGUCCCCCUACCGCAAGCUGCGGAACGACCGCGCCCGGCGCGCCGUGGCCGAGGCCGCCGCCACGGACCACCCGAGCCCGGAGCUCCGGCCCCUCCCGCCGCUGAGGCGCGUCGCCACGAUGGGCUCCUCGGACGACGACGCGGCCUACUACACGCCGCGGCAGCGCUCGGGGGGAUCGGGCUCGGGCGGCGCGCUAGGGGAAGCAUGCGGCGAGACGUGGAGCGAGGCGAGCGCGUCCAGCCCGCCGACUACUACCACCGCCUCCCGGCGCAGCCUUCCCAGCAUGACCAGCGACUUCUUCCCCCCUGUCGCCGCGCUGCCCCCGCCGCCUGCCGCUCGAUCCCGCCGCACGCGCACGCCCCCGCGCACGCGCUUCUCCACCGGCUCUGCCCCCGACGUCAAGCAGGUGAUCUCGCCGUCACCGCGGCCGCUGCAGCCCUCCAACCCUCCUCCACGGCCACCUCCUCCUCCCCCGCCGCCGCCUCCUCCAGCGCCGGCAAAGUCUCAAACGGCCCCCAAACCGCCGCCGCCUCCACCGCCGCCACGAAUGACGUCGAAUAACAACAGCCUCCCGAAGCCAGUGGAGCCGACGUCUGGGCCGACAUCGAGGCGGCGGCUGCUCAAGCCGCUCCCACCGGAAGGCCCCCGCAUUGCCAUGCCGAUGCCGAUCACGGCGGCGGCGAACAACAACGGGAGCACGUCGAUGCGGGCAGGGGCCGACGACGCCGAGGACGUGGCGGGCGACCGUCCGGGGCUGCCGAAGCUGAAGCCGCUGCACUGGGACAAGGUGCGGGCGACCUCCGACCGCGCCAUGGUCUGGGACCAGCUCAAGUCAAGCUCAUUCCAGUUGGACGAGGACAUGAUCGAGGCGCUGUUCAUGAACAACUCGAUGCCCGCCGCGCCGCCGAGGGACGGCGGGAGGAAGCCGCCGUUCCGGCAGGAGGAGAGGGUGCUCGACCCCAAGAAAGCCCAGAACAUCGCCAUCCUGCUCCGUGCCUUGAACGUCACGCGCGAGGAGGUCUCCGAUGCACUCUUGGAUGGCAAUGCUGAGUGUUUAGGGAGUGAACUUUUGGAAACUUUAGUCAAGAUGGCACCUACUAAGGAGGAGGAAGUGAAACUACGAGAUUACAGCGGCGACUUAUCGAAGCUCGGUACUGCAGAACGUUUUCUCAAGACAGUGCUGGAUAUACCUUUUGCAUUCAAAAGAGUUGAUGCUAUGCUGUACCGAGCCAAUUUCGAGACGGAGAUUAACUACCUAAGGAAAGCGUUUGAAACACUAGAGGCAGCUUGUGAAGAUCUUAGGGGUAGUAGGUUAUUCCUAAAACUCCUUGAAGCAGUGCUGAGAACUGGAAACCGGAUGAAUGUCGGCACAAAUCGGGGUGAGGCUAAAGCCUUUAAGCUCGACACUCUUCUAAAGCUUGCAGAUGUCAAGGGAGCUGACGGUAAAACCACGCUGCUGCAUUUUGUUGUCCAAGAAAUGAUCCGAUCAGAAGAUGCAAAAUCUGAUAAGGAAAAUGCCAUGAUCACCAGCUCUAAAGAUGAGCAGUUCCGUAAGCAUGGCCUGAAAGUUGUGUCUGGGCUGAGCAGCGAGCUUGGCAACGUCAAGAAGGCAGCUUCCAUGGACUUUGACGUUCUGCAUGGCUACGUCAGUAAGCUCGAAACAGGACUUGAAAAGAUCAAGUCGGUGUUGCAGCUAGAGAGGCAAUGCACACAGGGCCAGAGGUUCUUCAUGGCAAUGCAGAGCUUUCUGAAGGAAGCCGAGAAGGAGAUCGAGCGAGUAAGGGGUGAGGAGAAGAUGGCUCUGGGGAGAGUGAAAGACAUCACAGAUUACUUCCAUGGCGAUGCUGCAAAGGAGGAGGCUCACCCCUUGAGGAUAUUCAUGGUGGUGAGGGACUUCCUCUCGACGCUGGAUCAUGUCUGUAGGGAGGUUGGUCGGAUGCAGCAGGACAGAACCGUCGUCGGGUCCGCGAGGUCGUUCCGUAUUUCGGCGACGACCACAUUGCCGGUUCUAAAUAUGUACGGCCAACGACGGGAGAACAACUCCGACGAUGAGGACAGUUUGUCAUCGUAGGACAAGGGAGAUCAAGGAACAGACUGAAUUUUGGAAUGCACAUAGGAGGGCACACGAACUUUGACAGCUUUAGCAGCUGCAGCAAAAGUUUACUAUGAUAGUGACAAGGAAGCACAUAUUCAAUCUUGGGAUGGCCAAGAUUAGGAGAGAUCGGGGUGUAUACGUUUGGAUUAUGUGGAUUAUUUUUUGUACAAAAGGAGAAUAAUUAUAAGAUAUUUCUCUUUUUGUUGGGUAAUUUGCAAUACAGAGGACUAGGAAUUAGGCUUGGCCACACUAGUAUCUAGUAGCAGUUUACUGGAAGAUGGUCACACUUGUGUAGUUAUUUUCAUAUAAUUUUGGAGCAGUGGUAUUAACUAUAA